GGAGAAUCUUAAAGCCAGAGACACCCACUGGCCCAACUCUACCUGAAGAACAGGUUGGGUCAGAUCUAGGGCUGUCUCAUGUGAUGUGCCCCUUACCAAUCAUCUGCCAUCACUCUUGGGUGCUUUGGGCUCUUUUAAAGGGUGACUGAGGGGGAACACGUUGAAUUCUGCGUAGGAGUGCUGAGCCUGAAACAGUGGAAGCAGCAGUUUGGAAAAUUGCAAGAAAAGUGUAAAAUGGCAAAAGGUGAUACUGGGGUGAGAUGUUUCCAAGGCCUGCUGAUCAUGGGGAAUGUGGUUUUGGGGUGUUGUGGCCUUGCACUGAUGGCAGAGUGCAUAUACUUCGUCUCAGAUCAACACUCAUUGUAUCCAUUACUGGAAGCUACUGACAAUGAUGACAUCUUUGGAGCUGCCUGGAUUGGGAUCUUCACUGGUUUCUGCUUCUUCUGUCUUUCUGUCCUGGGCAUUGUUGGUGUCGUGAAGUCAAACAGAACAAUGUUACUGGUGUAUAUCCUCCUGAUGAUGGUUGUCUUUGCCUUUGAAGUUGCCUCUAGCAUCACAGCUGUAGUGCAUCGAGACUUCCUCACACCCAAUCUCUUCUUGAAGCAAAUGUUGGAGAAAUAUCAGAAUCCAAAUCCAAUCAACAAUGAUGACAGAUGGAAGAGUGAUGGUAUCACUAGGACAUGGAACCGUCUCAUGGUGUUGGAUGAUUGCUGUGGUGUGACUGGACCAAGAGACUGGCAGAACUAUACCUCUGUUUUCAGGACAGUGAGCAACGAUGCAGAUUUUCCCUGGCCACGGCAGUGCUGCGUUAUAGAUGUCCUAGGAAAGCCAACCAACUUGGAUGGCUGCAAAUUGGGAGUGUCCGGGUAUUACCAUGAAAUGGGCUGCUAUGAUACCAUUUCUGGUCCAAUGAACAGACAUGCUUGGGGUGUUGCCUGGUAUGGAUUUGCCGUUCUUUGCUGGGCUACCUGGGUCCUUCUUUGUACGAUGUUCUACUGGAGCCGAAUUGAAUAUUAAUAUAAGCAGUGUCUGGUCUAUUUGUUGUCAAUGAAAGAUUUAUUUGCUUUUGGUUACAUGAUGGCUGUGUGAUGUAUUUUCUACUCUGGAUGUUAUGAAGAUCUCUCUUGAACCCUUCCUUCCUCUUGUAAAGUAGCCCCUUCUCAUUCUGCCUUUCAAACAGGCUUUGAUAUUCACAAGAUGGAAAAUGAUCAUCUACUCUGUGUGCAGAAAUAAUUGUCUCUGUGUUAAACACCAUUGGUUGAGUAUGUUGAUGCCUAGAGGUAGCAAUGCAGGAAGACCUGACUCCAAAUACAUCAACCAAUUUGAAGCCAAUUGUCUGGAGCAAGUAUGUUUCAAGAUGUAACGCUCCAUCAAGUAUUACUGAAGUCAUUUUCCUUUUCUCUGUGACUGUGUGAUUCCCUUUCUUUCCACUGCAAUAUAUGAACUACUUUUAAAAGAGACCUAUCAUCAGUUGACAUGUGCAUGACAAGAAACAACUUGAUUUACAUGGACCUAGAAAAUUUGGCUCCAAAGAUUAUUAGUUGGUUUGUUGCACUACUACAUUUGUGACACUAUUAAGGGCUACCUCUUUUUGUUGACCAUUGAUAUGCAAAAUGGCAUAUACUACUUUUCAUAUAGUACUUUGCCAAGCUAGUCCAUGUAAUUCCUAUAAACCACUGGUUUUGGAGAUUUUUUCCUUUUUUUAAGUGACAUAACUUAGAAGAAUUGUAUUUGCAAAUCUAUUAAAAGAACUUAUUUUCAACAUUAUCUUCACUUUUUGACUUAUAUAUGUUCUUGAUACAUUUUAUUAGAAGCUCAUGUUUCUUGAUUUGAUAUGAAAGCAUAAUGUGUGAAAUAGGCCAACAAGUUAUACAAAGGAAAGUGAAGCUUCAUAGUUUGACCUUUUUGUACUUUAUCAAAAAAAUGGGCCUCUUUUCAUGAGAUUUUCUUCAUUGUAAAUGGUAUGAGAUGAAAGCCUCUCCCCCCCCCUCCCCUUAAUGGACACUUCAAGAACAUACUCCUUGCUCUGUUUCAGAUUUCCUGUCUAUUUUGUUGUUCUACAUCAGUAGUUCCCAACCUUUGGGACUUCAGCUCCACUGUUCCUAAGAGCUGGUAAGCUGGCUGGGAUUUCUGGGAGUUGAAGUCCAAAACACCUGGAAGCUCAAAGGUUGGAAACCACUGUUCUACAUGAAGUGGAGUUUGUUAAGCACACACACACAAUCUUAGGAGAAAUGAAACUUUCUCUUAAAUAUUAUUGUUGUCAUAGGGGCUGUCCUGAGGCAAAUAACAAAAUGACACCCCUAUCCUUGUCACGGUAUGGAAACUGAUUGUAUAGGCCAUUAAAGCUUACCUCAACACUCUCAUGGAAAGUCAUAACCCAUUACACCUAAGGCAGCAGUAAUUGGGUUAUAUGUCAUGUACAGCCUUUUCUUUCAUUAGAAGGAACACAACACAUAGUUCAUGAGGAACAAUCAUUCUCUAGUUUCAUUUCUGCCUAAUGGUAGGGUUGGCCCUGUCAAGUCAUACUGUUUAUAUAUCGUUACAUACCCGAGCUCCUAGUUGUAUACAUCUGAAGAACUAGAAUACAGUUCGCCUUCUCGAUCCACAGAUUCUGUGUCAAUGCAUUCAAACAUCUGAGCCUUGAAAAUGUUUGUUUUUUUUUAAUUUCAAAAAGCAAGCCUUGUUGUUGCCAUUUUAUAUAAGGGAGACAAUUUUCCUACAUCACGUUAUAUAAUGGGACAUGAACAUCCAUUGAUUUGGUAUCCUAGACGAACUGGAACUAAACCCCAGCACAUACCAAGGGCCCACUUUAAAUAUAUGAUUUGGAAUGGCAAAAUUUUAAGACAAUUUAGCUAGCUGAUGUCAAAUAAAAUGUUUUACCUUUUUCUGUUAUUGUGAAAAUACAGUCCUACCACAGUGGAGUGUCUAGUCUUUUGUAUGUCAUUUUAUUGCUGGGACAUUAACACAUCUGUUCUAUCUAUUUAUUUGACAUUUAACCAACAGUUUCAGCAAUGUUUUAUUUGUAAAUGCAGUAUCAAAUCUCUGAGGCAAGCUCAACAAGUGCAAAUAUCUAAAGAGGUAUUUUUAUGUUGUUGUUCGUUUUGUGUCUUCAAGUAGUUUCUGACUUAUGGUGAUCCUAAGAUAAAAUUCGUUUAGAGGGGAUUUUGCUAUUACUUUUCUCUGGGCAAGUAUAUGUGUUUUCUCUGGACAAGUAUAUGAUUUGUCCACAGUCACUCCAUAAGUUUUCCUGGCUGAAUAAGAAUUUGAACAUUAAUCUUCAGGUUCCUUGUUCAACACUCAAACACUUGGCAUUUAUCAAGUUUUAAUUGUAUAGAAGUCAUCCCUGUUGUACUACUACUGGAAAUGUGUUGAUUUUUAAUAAAACCCUUUCCUUCACAUA